UAACUGUCAGUUACCCCGGGAAAUACUGAAUCAGGGGGUGAAAGGGGGUGGGAUGAUGGCAAUAUGCCGCGUGCCAUAAUAAUCGAGUUCUUUUGCGAGUGUUUAAUGCACCAAAUGUAGUGUACAACCGGUCCCACGGUGCAUUGACACGUGUUCAGGAUGAAAACCUGAAGAAAUCUUUACUGGACCUGACAAUUCGUGUGAUUUUUAUUUAUUGACGAUUGGUUUUUUUAUUUUUUUAUAAAAUUAAUUUUGUAAAAUCAAGCCCAUUAAUGCCCCUCCCCCUACAAAUUAAUUAGGCAUUAAUUUAUGGCAUAAAUUGCAAAAUUAAAAUAUUUUUAACUGGAAAUUUCAGGUUCGAUUGAAUAUUUCGAUAUUUUUAGGUAAAUUUUUAUUAAAAAAUCGAUUUUUCUGGCUCGAUGUUAUCAGUUGAGGUAAAUGUGGGUUUCUUGGAAAGUAAUUAUGGGACGGGUUAUACUGGGUGAUAGUAAAUGCCGACAGCGAUGAAUUUUUUUGAGGGAAAAGGGCGUAAGUCUCGUGGAGUUCGUACGAUGCGAUGUUUUUCUGGUUUUGAGCUGCGGUUUUUUUUUUUUAAAUAAUUCUGUUGUUGUUACGCAAGGGUUUGUGGCCGAUAACCCAUUAUCAUAAUUACUGUGCUUAAUUUUCGUGGCCGUGAACGGUUGAGGAAGUCGUUGACGGGCAGUCGUUAACGGAAAGUCGUUUGAAUUCCUUUUAUUGAAUUUACCGGUUCGUGGAAACAAUUCAGUGACGAAGGGAUAAAAUGUGUUUUACCGAUUUUGUUUAUUGUUCAUUUUUUUCGAAUAUUUCGGGAUCUGAAAGUACAAUAAUUAACGGAGAGUUUGCAAAAAUUACAAACAAAGUGAAGUGUAGCUGAUAAUUGUGCAGUGCCACCCCCGUGGAGAAGGGCUACUUCGUCCCCAUUAGUUCUCCAUCGUCACAAAGUUCAGGGUUCCACUCACGCCCCACGACUCCCCCUCGCCCACUCAUAAAACAUCGGGCGCAAGAGACGAUAAAAAAAUUAUUCCGUCACGUUUCUGAGAAUGUGUAGCAAGCGGAAUAUGAAAUCCGGGCGAUAUUAACGGCGUGGAAAAGUUAAUCAGUCCGGAAUCGAGGUGGAGAACAAUGGAAACCCGGGGGUGGAAUUGUUAUUGACAAUUGGAUGACCAGGCGAAGGGAAAAUGUUCUCUGGAUUGAGAGAAUGGCACUCGGAGGUGUUAACGUGCUCUUUCAUCAGCAGUUGGACAGAACCAACUGAUUUCUGCUGGAUAAACUCCCUGGAGCCGACGUCGGCGGAUGAAAAUUCAUCUGGAGGCUCAUCCACCUGGAGCAUGCGGUCUUGCAGUUGUCGAAGCUGACGUCACUGAGCAGUUCUCCAGGAUUCGAGGCCUCCCGAGGUCAUUAGUCCAGGAGUUGAAUGGAAUAUUUUUCCUGAGGUGUAGCUCACCUGUUACCGCUGGGGGGGCCCCCAAUCACCCCAGCGACUCGUCCGGAAAGGGGGAGGAAAAAUAUCUGCGGAAGUGGCGGACUCUCGAGUCACAGGUGACGCUAUCACCCAGUGGAUAUCAGGACGUCGGGUUAAAUAGUGCUCAGCUAUGCAUUAGGAAGGAAGUGAGGUCACCGGACCUUGGCCCACGAUCGGCGGAGGUGCAGCAGGUGGACGUGGACGACACAGGCGGCCCCAGAGGGAGAGGGAGAAAUGAGUCGAAUUCGACGAAGUUAGAGCGCUCGGACGUGUCCGCCAGCGGUCGGGAGCGUCCGUAAGCCGAGCGGCGGUUCGGGAGGCCGAAGUAGUGGCGGGAGGAUUCAAACAGCUCAUUAACUGGUUCUUCAAAGGUGCAGAUGGGCGGAAGACGAGAGGAACUGAGCUGUGAUUUUUCUGAUGGUUCACCGUCGGGAGGAAGCAAAGCUGGCUCAACUACGGCAGGUGCUCUUCUCCUGGGAGGCACCCCAUGGGAGACUAGAUGAGACGGGGGAAAAUAGGGGGGUGUGAAUACAAUAUUUUUCGUUUGUGGACCACCUUGCGACCACUGGUUAGCAUGGGAAAUACUCAACCCCAACUGGUCUCAUUGAUACCAUUGGGCCCGGGCCCAAAUGCUGUUCAUAAUAUGAAUUUCCACGGUUUCGAUGUCACAAGAGUUACAAAUUUUCACAGGAAAUAUUUGUAUUCAAGGACCUGUCGAGUCAUUUUCCCCGCGAACAUCCGAUUUUCGCAGGAUGUUGGGCCCAACCUGGGCCUCAACAACGAAAAAAUUGUAUUUCCACGAAAAUUCCUGAGUUAAUUAUCCCCAUUAAUUUCUGUUAAUAUUUUCAAUGACAUCCCCUCAAUCGGCAAAAACACUUUUCCAUUAGUCCCCGAACCCGGCAAAUGUUAAAGAAUAAUGUGCCCCAUUCCUCAAAAAAAUUUUUUAAUAACCCUUUGCGCUUAAUGAACGCGAAAAAAACCCGGUGACCCCUCGGCUGGGGCCCCGUGGUACCGGCGAGCCAGUGAAUCAAGGGAGACGAGGCAGAAUGAAUAAUAAAGAAAAAGAUAUAACACCGUUGGGCCCAUCAGCAUACGUACGAAACUCAACGAGAGCCACCCAUUGGGGUACCAACAGCAUACACGCUCCAAUGGUGUAUCCCACCGGUAUAUUACCUUGUUACGUUUUUUGCCCGCCAUAUAAUCACGUCCUGCCAUAAUACGCCGCCGUGUAUAUUAUUAUAUUAAGACUCUGGUACGAGGUACGGUGCGCACUCUCGCAAUGAAGUUAAACUGGCCAGCGCACCUUCGCUCACAUGACUCCCUGUUGGGAAUAGCAUGUGUAUUUGUGGACUGUGUCCCGUGGGUCAGAUUUACAUGUAAUGACCCCUUUAAUCGAAUGAUUAUGU